AAAUGCACCGUAGAUUCUCUGUGCAGUCCAAAAUUGCAGUGGCGAACGUAGGCGACGUCCUCGACAGGUGAUGCAAUCAUUACCCACCCACAUAAGCAAAAAGAAUCCGAGAAUCCUUCACCUCUGAGAUCCUUGCAAACCAAAAAUGCUUUGUGGCUUACUCCACCUCUGUUGCCACUUGUACUAUAGAGAGAGACCAAUAGACAGAGACAGCCCAAGAUUGACAGGUAUUGUAUAAAGGGCAGUUACUCAUAGUAAGCAGAGUGAUAAUGGAGUGUGCUAUAAUGGGCAAGUUUUGUCCUUUAAUUUUGUCAAGUUCAAGGAUUUUGAUGGUGGAAAAAAAGAACGUAUUGGGUAUCCGCGACAAGUUCAAGUUUUGCUCUUCCAAAUUCAAGAUUCAAGCUCUUGAGGCUGAGACUCAUCUCUCAUCAGAGGUAGGGGCUGAAAGACGAGGAAGUUCAACUGAUGUUGGUAUUGGAGAACUUGUGUGGCCUUCUCCUAGUGAUGAAAUCCCUUUUUGGAAAAAGGACUUCCCUUCUUGGGGUGUGAGCCCAGAAGUUCCUGCUGACAUAAACAAGGAUUCUGAUCGCAUGCACAUAAUUCAUGUUACAGCUGAAAUGGCACCCAUAGCCAAAGUUGGUGGCCUCGGUGAUGUUGUAACUGGACUUGCUCGCGCAUGUUUGUCACGUGGUCAUGCAGUGGAGAUAAUGCUCCCUUUCUAUGAAUGUAUUCAGAAGCAGCAGAUCAAAGACUUGGCAUUAAUCACUACGUAUGAAUCUUAUCAUGGCGGAAACUGGGUUCCAACUAAUGCAUAUCGUGGGGAAGUUUCUGGCAUCCCAGUAGUAUUUAUUGAACCGUCCAACCAUUUCUUUAAGGGGCAAUUUGUUUAUGGGGGUUCAUACAAUGAGCUGGAGGCAUAUUUGUUCUUUAGCCGUGCUUGCCUUGAAUGGAUGCAGGCGACUGGAGCACAACCCGAUAUCAUUCAUGUCCAUGAAUGGCAGGCAGGAGCUUUACCACUGCUUUACUGGGAUAUGUACCAUUAUCUCUCACUUAAGAAGCCAAGAAUAGUAUUGACAAUCCACAAUAUGGAGCAUUAUGGGGAGUGUAGCCAAGAGCAGCUCAGCAAGAGUGGCCUUGAUGGAUCUAUAUACGCAACCAUAGACAAGGCAAUUGAUGAUCGAACUAUUGGCCACAAUCCUGAGAGAUUGAGCUUAUUGAAAGGUGGAAUUGUGUAUAGCAAUGCAGUAGUCACAGUCUCUCCGACAUAUCUCAAGGAAACCCUAUGCACUGGAUGGCUUGCAAGCACGUUAUUAAGGAAUCGGGAUAAAUACUUUGGUGUUUUGAAUGGGAUAGACACUGCAAUGUGGAACCCUGCUACUGACAUCUUCUUGCCUGUUAAGUUCAAUGCUCAAAAGCCUGAGGGCAAGAAGUUAUGCAAAUACUAUGUUCAAAGGGGGCUUGGUUUGGCUUUAGAAGGCACUCUAGAUGGUAACCAUUUGCCAGAUAUAACAUGCAAGGUGCCUUUAGUUGUCUGUAUUACUCGAUUAGUCCCACAAAAGGGGCUUCAUUUGAUUUCUCAUGCAAUCAAGCAUGUUGAGGAACUUGGUGGGCAGAUGGUCAUACUUGGGAAAGCUUCAGAUGUUCGGGUUGAAAGAGAAUUCGAAGGGCUUGCAAAAUUGCAUAACCAAGGUCCUUCCACCCGGAUCCUAUUGAUGUUUAGUGAAGAGCUGUCCCACAUGCUCUAUGCUGCAGCAGAUAUGGUGUUAGUUCCUUCCAUGUAUGAGCCUUGUGGACUUUCCCAAAUGAUUGGAAUGCGUUAUGGAGCAGUCCCAGUAGUAAGAAUGACUGGUGGUCUUGCAGACACAGUUUUUGACGUGGAUGAUCAGUCAAACCAUGACAGAGCUAACGGGUUUGUUUUUGAGGGAAUUGAUGAAGGAUCCUUAAAUUGGGCUCUAGACCGUGCAUUUGCUCACUACAGAGAGAAAGCAGAUGAAUGGAAUGGCAUUAUAGGGAAGGUUAUGGAAGUGGACAAUAGCUGGAACAACACGGCUGGGAAAUAUGUUGAGAUUUACAACUCAGUAAGAGUGAGAUUGUGAUGGCACUCAGAAGAGGAUAAGCUUCCACAUGGACAAAAUCUGGUAAUGCUUGGACUUGGAGAGAGCAGGAAGGAAGCACGAAGAAUGAUCUUUGAAUUUGUUUCUUCUUGUAUAUUGCUGCUUUAGAACAAAACCACCACUCCUACACAGACACUGGCAUCACAAAAAGAUCAAUCAAGACAAUUAUUUGUUGUACCUCUGAACAAAUUCAUUUUUAGUAAUUUAUUCAAUUAAAUUGUUCCCUAACAAGGGUUUCAGCAUCCUUUGCAGUACCAAGCAGCCCAGUUAACUAGUACAGGAAUGUAGCGUUACAAAUGUAAGGAAUCAGCCCUAGUAUACAGAUACUGCUCCAACAUCAUCCACAACACCAAAAACAAUUUACCUUAAAGAGGAAACAAUUAAAGAGAAAAUUCAUAAGAAAGUGUCAGAGAUAUCAAACAGCCUUCCUCCUUGCCGAGCAUGCCUGGAUUACCUCCUAAUUGCUUUGAACAAUUGAUCCAAAAAAAAAAAAAAGAA